CUGUCACCGCUGUCACUAAGAUUUAAUUGAAUUGAUCUUACUACUUCUUUUGUUGUACUUUGCGAAUCCGUAAUAGAUACGUAAUCUAUAAUUAACAGAGCUAGCAAAACUUUUUAAUGACGGUAUCUCCUAAAAAGCACAUCUCAAAUGUUACUUCAUCGACCGCAAACAGAGGAGUGGAAGCCAAGGAAGUCGAAAUAUUUAACGUUAACUUAGCAAGCGGACGCGGCCUGCCGGGCGGCGAACGGGGCGGGGCACGGUGUGUCGGGCGGCGCGACUCCUCACCCCCGCAUUCCCCGGACUUGCUGUGCUCCCCGCCCUCGCACGAAGACGCCGCCUCCUACAUCCAGGUUCUGGUGCAGAAGCAACGCCAGCGGCAGGAGGGGCGCCUGCCGAGGUUGGACACCGCCCUCGGCUCCCCGACUUUUAAGGAUAAGAAGCUAUUAACGUCGUGCGCGCGGUGCGACGUACAGUGCGCGCAGUGCGCGCGGUGCAACGGGCAGUGCGCGCGGUGCAACGGGAAGUGCGCGCGGUGCGACGUGCAGUGCGCGUGCGUGUCGCGCGGCUCGGCGCAAGAGGCGCUCCCGUCCUACCCCGCGGUGACAGCCAUCGCGUUGGCGCGGUCGGCGCACGCCGAGCAUGCUGAGCACGCCGAACACGCCGAACACGCGCUGCACGCAUCACGGGGACCGGGCGCCAGCGGCGAGGGCGAUGCGCCAUUGCCUACCCUAAAACGAAAAUUUUCUCUGUGGCAGAGAGUGAAUAACAUAACUAAAUCGGACCGAGGACAUUUGCAUUUUGAGGGUCCCGAGCGACUCGACAUAUAUCAAUUCGAAAGCGGCGUGUGGAGGCUGAGCGCGCGCGGCUCGGCGCCGACGCGUCUGGAGCGCGCGGUACGGCGGCGCGUGCGGCCGGCGAAGCGGCUGCUGCGCGAGGCGGCGGCGGCGUUACGGCUGGUGGGUGCGCUGCCGGCCGUGCUGCUGGCGCCGGCGCUGGGCGCGGCGCUGGCGGCGGGCCGCGACGCUGCGCUAGGCCUGUUGCAGGCGUUGUCGGACGGCGCACUCAAGCCGGCGCUCGUGGUGUGCUUCAACGCAUUGCUACGGCCGGCGCUGGUGCUGGCGGCGCAGACGGCGCGCGCACUGCGCGAGGCGCUGGCGCCGUUGUGGCUUGCGGCGGGGGAUGCGGCGGCGCCGGCCGCACGCCUCCUGGCCGCCGUGCGCCUCGUGCAUGUGGAGCAUCGCUGCAGCUGCGCAUGCGCACGCCCGCCGCCCGCAGUCUAACGUUGCGUUAUGUACGGCCUGAGGCCGAUUGCCGUUACUUUUCUGCCAGAUUCUUCGUUAAACGUCAAAAAGUGGAAUUUAAAAUCAUCUUUAUAUGUAUUUAAACUCGUAUAGAUAUACAAGUUUCUUUUGGCAGCCGACAAUGUUAUGAAACAAAUGACAUUUAAUGUCAGGCUAAUAGUGACAUAACUUGUCAGUUCACUUCGCGUUGUUUUACGCAUUUUGUGUGUUUUUUUUUAUGUUAUUCCAUGAGAUAAAGUGAAGAAACUGGUGCGUCCGAGAAUUUUUUUUUAAAAUGGGAGAUAUAUUUAUUGCUGAGAAGGAGUAGGGGGGUUCAGUAAUUACAUUUGAAAAUGUGAAUCUUCUUGUGUCUGCUGCAAUCAGAAAUUGUUACCAUUUGUUAAGUCAAGAAAUUCCCUCUCUUAAGGCGAUGAAUAUUUUUAGAUUUGUAAUUGAAAAAAUAAUUGUUAUAAACUAAUUGACUUAAAAAUUUUUGCUGAAUGUUUUUCUUUAUUUCUUAUUUCAUAUUGUAGCGAUCGAACCCUUAAAUAUAACGUGUUUUGUGCAACUGGAAGUAUGGCUUUCUUAACAUAAAUUACAUAUUCACUUACGUAAUAAGGUAAUUACUGUGUGUAGUCAGUAACGUAUCAAAAACUAAUGGUCUGGUAAUUUUAAAACGCACAGUUCAAACCACUGGGUAUACCACAUAGUUUGUACUAAACUUUAAUUGUAAACAACAAACAAUAAUUUAGAUUUCUAUUACUCUGUAGAUAAGCGCUAAGUAAGCCAAUUUUUAUUAUGUUAAGACUAUUCCUUCCCUAACUGUCUCGAGGGAGUGCAUUGCUAAAAGUUUGCUACAAAUGUUCUUUAACUAUAGAAUCCUAACCGACAAACGAAGUCUGGGGCAUUUCCUAGUUACAUUGUAAGAUACAAGUUCCUUUACAAUUUGCGUUUUCGUUUUCAAAAGGAAAGAAUUUCCCUUUAACAUAUUACCUUGCUGGUAACCCUAAAUGCUCACAGGCGCCGUCCCGUCAAUGUUAAAAAGGUGCCACAAGAGCCUUGCGUACAGUAACUACUACUAUAUACACAGCUUCUAAAAAAGAAAAUAUGGCUUCAGCAUUUACAAUGUAUGAGACAAGAGCGGAUCCAACAUUGGCGCCGGGGGGGGGGUCACAUCAGUGGCGUAGUGAGCUUACCUCGCGCCCGGGGCACAAUAACUUUUUAGCGAUCUAUUCGAAAACCAUAUGUUUUUCUAAAAUAUACUCGCAAAUUAAUUAAUUUACAUAUUUAAGUUUAGCUAAUUUGCAAAGGAGUUUAAGUUUUGUCACUUUGUGUGUUUGUGGGCGCUAAUCUCAGAAACGGCUUAACCGAUUUUCAUUUAAGGGGCUGUGUUAGGGACAAUUUUCGUUUUUUGGGGGGAAGAAGUAGGCGCGCGCAAACAAUGAGCGGGGUGCACCGCACGGUUAGAUCGCGUGAGUCGAGUCUCGUCGGUCUACGUCAGCCGUGUCCUUAACAUCGAACGCCGCGAAGCGCCAUCCAGACUCCGAUUUAGAUUUUUACAUUUAGUUUAUAGCAUUAAUGUAGGUGACGUUAAAUACACAUUUAUUAUUUACUUUUAUAAAAAAAAAAGGUAAACGUCUAACUAUGCCAACAUAUCUAAACAAAACAAAGUGUUCGACACUUUUUACUAUUUUAUUGUCAAGUAUUAGUUAUUAAUACAUAUUCGUUAUAGGGGAUAUGCAUGCAAAUUUUACUUCUGUACUCCAUUUCAUAAUAAAAAAUCUUAUUUUAAAAUUCAUUACAAAUUUCAUUAAAUAGAUAUAAUUAAAAAAAUAUACUUUUACUAAAAAAAAUUAAUAAUUAUAUUCUAUUCGCCUGGCGCUUUCUGUAUUGUGGGAAGUUCCAUUUUAUAUAGAUCAGUGUUUUUACGUUCGAGCUUGAAAAAAAGAGAGCGAGCUAUCGCCCUUUCCGUCACUCACCUGGUCA